UUCAUGACAAGAUGAGGUGCUUUCCUCGUGACAGAAUGAACACACGUUAAACCUCCCAAGACAGAACCAGUCCAGCCACUUGUCUACAGGGAGCAUCUGAGACUCAAGGAAAUGACAAGAGAAUAAAGCUCAAAACUCAGACCUUCACUUCCUGAUACAGAACAAGUCCAGCCAGUUCUCUACAGCGGGCGCCUGAUACUCAAGGGAAUAACAACUGAAUAAAGCUGAAAACUGUAAGUUGUUUACCAACAGACCUUCACUUCCUGAGACAGAAGAAGUCCAGCCAGUUCUCUACAGGGAGCGUCUGAGACUCGAGGGAAUAACAACUAAAUAAAGCUGAAAACUAACAAGUCCAGCCAGUUCUCCACAGAUGACGUCUUGGUUCUGCGGUUGACUGUUUCAGCAGACCUUAACCUACUGUGACAGAACAAGUCCAGCCAGUUCUCUACAGGGAGCGUUAGAGCCUCAAGGAAAUAACAAUGGGUGAGCACCAUGGCUGAGAACAUUCUGGACCUGCUCUUCAGAACUCUGGAUGAGUUGGAGGAAGCAGACCUGAAGCGGUUCAAGUCACACCUGUCUGAGAGGAUCAUGAAGGAGUUUGAGCCCAUCCCCAAAGGAAAGCUGGAGAAAUGUGAUGUUACAGAAGUUGCCUCUAAGAUGAAGGAGGCCUAUGGGGAGGAAGGCUCAGUGGAAAUGGCUCGGACCAUCCUGAGGAAGAUGAACCUCAACAACCUUGCAGACCAACUAGAAGAGAGUUUCUCCAGGGAUGCUGCAAUGUCAGGAAAGCAAGAUGAUGCAAUUCUACAGGAAGUCAAAGAAAAACACAAAAAGUGGAUGAAAGAGAAGUUUGGAAAGAUUUAUGAGUGUACUGAGGAGGGGAAGAACAAAACGCUCCUGAGUAAGAUCUACACGGAGCUCUACAUCACAGAGGGAGAGAGUGAAGGAGUCAACACUCAACAUGAGGUUCGCAGGAUUGAAACGCUGUCAAAAUCCCAAAAGGCAAAACAACACAAAAUCGACUGUAAUGACCUCUUUAAGCAUUCAGAGGAAGAUGAGACAAUCCGAACUGUGAUGACCACAGGCAUUGCUGGGAUAGGGAAAUCUGUAUGUGUGCAAAAGUUCAUUCUGGACUGGGCAGAAGGAGAGGCCCAUCGGGAUGUUGAUUUCAUAUUUGCACUUCCAUUCCGACAGUUAAACUUGAAACAAAUUAAGUCAUACACUCUUCUCAAACUCCUCCUUGACUUUCAUCUGGGACUGGAUGGAAAGGUCAUACAUCCCAAAAUGUUUAGAAAGUUGAAGAUCAUGUUCAUCUUUGAUGGUCUGGAUGAGAGCAAACUUUCCCUGAAUGUAGAACAAGACAUGCAUGAUCUCCUGAAGACUGCAUCAUUGGAUAUGUUGAUAACCAACCUCAUCACAGGUAAUCUAUUGCCUAAAGCGCUUAUUUGGAUAACCUCCCGACCAGCAGCUGUCAAACAGAUACCUCCUAAAUUCAUAGACAGGUGGACAGAAGUACAAGGAUUCAAUGACCAACAGAAGGAUGACUACUUCAAGAAGAGGAUUAAAAAUCCAGAGGAAGCGGACACAGCCAUCGCUCACAUUAAAAGGUCUAAGAGCCUCUACAUCAUGUGCCACAUCCCUGUCUUCUGCUGGAUCUUAGCCACUGUGCUUCUGAAAACGAUCAAUCUUACCAGUACAAGUGACUAUCCUCAAACACUGACUGAGAUUUAUAUCCAUUUUCUGCUCACUGAGACACGUAGGAAGGGCCAAAAAUAUGACAAAGGCUUUGAACGAGAUGAUAGAAAACGCCUGAAGUCCAACAAAGAGCCUAUUUUGAAAUUAUGUAAACUAGCGUAUGAAGAACUGCUGAAGGGAAAUAUCUUGUUUAAUGAAGACAGUUUGAGAGAAUGUGGCAUCAAUGAAGACAACAUGACAUUGUACUCUGGUAUGUGCUCUGAAUUCUUCAUGAGUGAGGAUGUUCUUGACCAACAUAAAGUCUAUUGCUUUGUGCAUCUGAGUAUUCAGGAGUUUCUGGCUGCAUUGUUUGUGUUUCACUCCUUUGUGACUAAGAACACAGAAGCCCUGACUACAUUGACCUCACAAGAAUCUGCCUUGACAGCCCCUUCCAGCCUUUCCAUGGUUGAGUUUUUAAGAGCUGCAAUAGACAAAUCCAUGCAGAACAAAGAUGGACAUCUGGACCUUUUCCUUCGCUUCCUCUUUGGCAUCUCACUUGAGUUCAACCAGAAACUCCUACAAGGCCUUCUGGUGCACAUAGAGAGAAGCUCAGACAGCCACAAGGAAACAGUGGAGUACAUCAAAGGAAUUCUGAGUGAAGACAAACAAGUCCCUGAAAGAUGCAUGAAUCUGAUCCUCUGUUUAUCGGAGAUGAAGGAGAACACCCUUUAUCAGGAGAUUCAGCGGUACAUAGACUCUGGAAAACGGCUCUCUCCUACCCAAUGUUCACAACUGGCCUACAUGCUUCUGUUAUCAGAGGAAACACUUAAUGAGUUUGACCUGGCUAAGUACAAGACAUCAAGUGAGGGUCGUAAGAGACUGCUUAUAGUAUUGAAGUCUUGUAGGAAAGCACGAUUGGUUGGUUGUGAUCUCCAAGAGGAUUCCUGCAAGAUUCUAGCAUCUGCUCUUCAGUCAAACUCCCUGUUGAAAGAGCUGGACCUGAGUUCUAACUAUCUGGGGGAUUCUGGAGUGAGGUUGCUGUCUGUUGGGUUGAAGCAUACUAACUGCAAACUGGAAACACUGAGAUUGGCUGGUUGUGAUCUCCAAGAGGAUUCCUGCAAGAUUCUAGCAUCUGCUCUUCAGUCAAACUCCCUGUUGAAAGAGCUGGACCUGAGUUCUAACUAUCUGGGGGAUUCUGGAGUGAGGUUGCUGUCUGUUGGGUUGAAGCAUACAAACUGCAAACUGGAAACACUGAGACUUGCUGCAUGCAAACUCUCAGAGAAGUCAUGUGGAAUUGUGGCUACUGUUCUACAGUCACCAAACUCCCUGAUAGAUAUGGACCUGCGUCACAAUGUCCUGAGAGAUUCUGGAGUUCAGCUUCUCUCUAAGGGACUGUCUAGUCCCCACUGCAAACUGCAGACAUUAAGGCUUGCUGAUUGUAAGCUCACAGAUAAAUUAUGUGAGAUUGCUGCUUCAAUUUUACAGUCACCAAACUCCCUGCUACAGCUGAACUUCAGUAACAAUGACCUGGGGGAUUCUGGAGUCCAGCUUCUCUCUAAGGGACUGUCGAGUUCCAAUAGCAUACUGCAGAUAUUAAGGCUCGCUGAUUGUAAACUCACAGAUAAAUCUUGCGAGAUUGUGGCUUCAGUUCUACAGUCACCAAACACCCUGCAACAGCUGGACUUGAGUGACAAUAACUUGAGGGAUUCUGGAGCUCAACCUCUCUGUAAGGGACUGUCCCAUUUCAACUGCAAAAUACACACAUUAAGGCUCUCUGAUUGUCUCAUCUCAGAGAAGGGUUGUGGUUUUCUGGCUUCAGCUCUGACUUCAAGUCCCUCCCAUCUAAAAGAGCUGGAUCUGUGCUACAAUCAUCCUGGAAAAUCAGGACUGAAGCUGUUAUCCGCUAGACUGGAAGAUCCUGUCUGUGAACUGGUGAUACUUAAAACGGGGAUUUCUGUAAGCAGAGCACGACCACAUUUGCUGAGAUAUGCCUGUGAUCUCACACUGGACCCAAACACAGCACACAGAAAUCUCUCUCUCUCUGAGGGGAACAGAAAGGUGACACGUGUGAGAGAGGAGCAGCCGUAUCCUGAACACCCAGAGAGAUUUGACUACUGGCCUCAGGUGUUGUGUAGAGAGGGUCUGACUGGACGCUGCUACUGGGAGGCUGAGUGGAGUGGAGAUAAUGGAGCUUGGAUAUCUGUGGUCUAUAAAAGCACCGAGAGGAAAGGGAACAGUGUUGACGUCAUAAUGGGACGGAAUGCCAAGUCCUGGAGUCUGCUCUGCUCUCCUGACAGUUACUCUGCUGAUGACUCUGUCAGUUACUCUGUCUGGCACAAUAAUGAACAGACUGCCAUACCUGCCCCCUCCUCCGGCUCCAGAAGAGUAGGAGUGCACCUGGACUGGCCGGCCGGCACUCUGUCCUUCUACAGCGUCUCCUCUCACACACUCACCCACCUGCACACGUUCCACUCCACAUUCACUGAGCCCCUCUGUCCAGGGUUUUAUGUUGGAUUUUACUCCUCAGUGUCCCUGUGCCAAAUCACAUCAGCUCCUCCAACAGGUUCGUCCACCUGUCACCCUUUCUCUCAAUCCUCAGUAGGGGAGAGCAGGGUCAAUUGAAACACUUUUCAGUUUAACGUCUUUUUCAAAACAGGUGAAAGGGAUACAAAUAAUGUUGUCAUAUGAUCAACAACUCACAUCUGUCCUCUCUUAGUUACCAGUGUAAUUUCAUAUACACCUUGAGUGAUCGCGUUGUUUUUUAACUUUGAACGUAAGUUGUCAUUUGUUUCAAUUGACCCACCCAGUCGGGUCAAUUGAAACACAUGUGCGGGACGAAUGCAACAGCAUAUUUGUAAACAGAAACCAUUCACUGUUUCAAUCGUCCCGACAGUGCUAACUAACACUUAAACAUAUUUUGCUUCUAAACCUCAAAAUGCUGACAUUUAACACUUUCAGACAUGUUUAAGUAAUGAUUCAUCUCUCGUAUGGUCAUGUGAUCAUUGCAUGAAACAAUAAACACGAGUUGUGAUCACAAAAAAAUUACCGCACAUAAGAUUUUACUUGCCGGUGUCAAAAACAGGUUUGCAGGGAUAAUGUUGGAAUUCGAUGACGUCAUGGCACGAGAUUUCCUGUGGUUGGCAAGUCUUGUGUGUUGAACAAACUGACGACAUAUGACAUUUCAGAUGUGCAUGGUUUUCGAGGAAAUCGCUGUGUUACUUUCGUCCCGCGUUUCAAUCGACCCGGCUCUCCCCUACUCCCCCUCCUUUCACUUUUCACUCUCUUUCUCUCUCUCCCCCUCUUCCUCUCUCUCUCUACUCCCUCUUUUUUUCCCCCUCUUUUUUUAUCUUUUUUUCUCUUUCCCCUUUUCUGUUUUCUCCUUUUUUCCACUUCUCUCUCUCUCUCUCUCUCUCUCUCUCUGUGUGUGUUUCUGGUUUGAAUUAAACUGUCUACUUUCUACACUGCGCAACAUUCCGCUGUAGCCACGUAACCGUAGCAACAUCCAUUGUGAUGUAAGCACCUGGUGCUUGAUCUGUGGCCCUGGCAGUUGAGCAUGCUGCAGGAACACCAGAGUCACACACUCCUGUUCAUACACAUGUGUGAUGCUGAGAUGCUGUUGAGAUAUUGAUAUCUGUAUAUUGAUAUCUGUAUAUUCAAUGUUUAGACUACUGUUUUGGUGAUGCUAAACAAAUGCUGUGCUUUUCCUGAAUAUGUGGAUUAUAAGAAUGUUUCAGCAACAACAGCAUGUUGUAUUCUGUUAUCCUAAAGUGAAGUUAUUUGCUGAUUUUU